AUGUGGAGUCCCAGCAUCUGUUCCGAGCAUCCAAUUGUACAUGAAACCGCCUUCGCUUGUCUUCAAGAGUUUGUGUCACACUGUUCUAUUGACAUUGAACUGCGUCAUGCUAAUGUGAAACCGAUUCUUCAGAACGUUCGCCAGCCCACCAGCUCUAUGCGUCCAGCCACUGCGCGUCAAUUGGCUUAUUGCGCCCAACUUUUUCCUAGCACCUUCAGCGAGCGUCUCUGCGAGGCAAUCAAUACUCAUCUCACCACUCUGGUAGACGAUCUGGCCAACAAACAAAAUCCUGCGUCCGUCACGACCCUCGUACCUUAUUUAUUCGGAAAUACCGAAUGGCUUUUAUGCUUAAACAUCACUCGCCUUGGAUAUUCGAAAUUGGCACCAUGCUCAACACGUAUCCCCAUUAACAUGCACCAAUCAUGA